AUGAAGUCAGUGGGUGCCUCCAAGUUGCGUGUUGAUGUCGGAGCUACUUGGAUUUCUCGUGAUCAGAAAAAUAUGCUUAAUCUCGUGAAUGACUUCCAUCUAAAGACUUUUUCUCAGCACGGUGAUGGCAUGGCCUGGUGCCAGUUUGGUGUAUCAAAGCCAAAAUGCUACGGCUCCUCGAAACUUGUACGGCAAGUCCCGUUAAAAGAAGCUUUUGAUGUGUGGUGGAGCAUAAGAAAGAUGGACAAGCUUGCGGAGCAGGUAUUAUUUUGA